AUGUUUUAUCAAGAUUCAAUACAAUCUGAUGACAAGGAAACUCUGAGAACGAGUCCUUUGUUAUACCAAUUCAAUGAUGUGAAGAAAGUGUUUGAUGACAUCAAGAUUUCUUCCAAAAAUCUUUUUAAGAUUUACGCCUCUAAAGAUAGUGAAACUUUCUACGACGUCUGGAGAAUCAAUGGGGAUGUGCCCGAACGUUCAAACACAUUCUAUUCACAGUUCCCUAGGAAGCCAUCCAAUCUAGAUACAGAGCAUCAUUACGAGUACGUCCAUCUGAACCAUUAUUACAUAGGGCGAUGGUUGCCUGAUUGGGUUUUGACGCUACUAUUUCCUAUGAAUAGUGGAGUCAAGCUGACGGGAAAAGGCGUUCCCACUCGUAACGAAUGUGUCAAAUGCCAAAGUCUCAAUGGUAGGUUGACGUGGGAUAAGUCUGGUAACUGGUCCUGCGUCGAUGACACUUUUGUUAACAAUGGUGAAUUUUUUGAAUCUUACAGAGAGUUUCUUCGGUGGAGGGGAAAUCAUGAGAAAGAGGGCGUAUAUGAGCAUCAAACGGUGCCGUAUACUUUUAUAAUACGGACAUGA